CCCGGGGGAGAGGAUGUCUUCGCCCGAGCUCCGGGAGUCUUCGGCUCGGAUGCUGAGGGUUACCGGGGGUUGCUGGCCUAAAAACAUUCCUAUCCCCUGGGAUGAAGAGGACUGUUUUACAUCUCGUAUGGCUCGUCGGUGGAAAGUUUUUCCUUAUGGGCGAAAUAUCGGUCAUGUUGUGUGGGCAGUGAUGGACAAGGAUCGCCAAGCGGCGGCGCGGAAACGUCAGGCGACUGUGAGGGUUCAUGAAGCCCGGCCGAAAAGGCAGCGGGGAGCAUCGAAGGCUGAGGCCUCCGGCGGAGGCAAGCCGCCAUUGCCGGCGAAGGCGGGUGCCUCCGCGCCUGGCAAGGCGCCGGAGGCGACGGUGGGCGCCGGAGGCCCCAAGCUGUCGAAGGUGGUGCCGUCCGCCAGCGGAGUGGCGGAGGCUGCGAAGGCGGCCCGAUCGCUACCGCCGCCCGGCAAACGCGUUGCCGACUUCGGCACUGAGAUUGAUGUGGAGGAUUAUCUUGGGGGUGAGUCUGUAUGUAUACACUUUUUUUUUUUUUUUUUUUUUUUUUAAAUCUGUUGGUGCGUUGCAGGGUUGGACGAGGGCCCGCUCGCUCUAUUUGUGCCUGGCGCGGCGGUCGCGACGGCUGUGCCAGCGCCGAAGGCGGGGGUAGAGAUCCUUGGCGCUGGAGGCGAGGUGACUGCCCUCGCGUUGGUCAGAGACGAGGCGGACGCGGCGACCCGCCGGCUGAAAGAAGCAACGGAGGCGCUGAGUCAGGUGGCUGACUUCACCAGCCGUACUGCGUCGGGGGCCCUUACGGCGACGUUGUCUGCCGAGGUCGAGAGACUUCGGACGCAACACGCGGACGCUGUCCGUGAGAAGUCGGCCUCCGACAGCAAGUGCCGCAAGCUGGCGGAGAAGGUGGCCGCCCUUGAGAAGGAGAAGGCAGACCUCCGGCGCCAGCUGAUGGAGGAGAGAAGGGAGGCCAACGAAGCCAUCGCCAAGGAGCAGUCUGCGCAGGCGGAGGCCAGGCUGGCGCGGGCGGAGGGCAAUGUCGCCAAGGAGCUCGCCGGGGAGCUGCAGCGGCGGCUUGCUGCCUUCGAGAGCCGCGCGGAGGGGGCCGAGGCCGCGGCGCGAGCGGAGGCCGAACGGACGCGCACGCAGCUCAUGACUUCAUAUCGCGAGCUGGGUGUGCGGACGAGCGACUUCGAGGUGCCGGAGCGAGAGGCCGGACUUCGCUGUCUGGAGUGGGUGCAGGAGGAACUGCAGGAGCUCCCCACUGUCUUGGCGGGGUUGAUGUCGUUCACCUCCCUGGUCACCUGCGAGGCAGCGAUGAACGCGCUCUCUCGCGAAGGCUGCCGGCACUUUGAGGCCCUCGACCAGGUGGAUGAAGAUUUUGGGCGAGAUAUCUUUGAGGUCGAAGACCCCGUGGUGAAGGAGUCCGGCGGGGCCCUCUUUGACCGGAUGUGGGGUUCAUACGGUCGAGAGGUGGUCCGGGCGCGGGCCGAGGCUGCAAGGGCUCAGGCGGAGCGCGGCGAGCGGGUGGACGAUUUUGGGGCGCUGAACAGCGCGCCGCCUGAGCCGGAGACCACCCCUGCGGAGGCCGCCACUGGAGUCGCCCCGGUGACCGCGGAAGAUGCACCAGGCGUCCUUGUACCUGCUGCGGCCGGCGAAGGCCUACUCCCAAGGGUGGCCGAAGGCGCGUCUGAUGCCCCCGCAGCCGCUGUGCCGGGCGUUGAAGAUCCAGCGGAGACAACGGCGGAGGCGGCGGCGGAGGCUCCCGCAGCGGCAGGGCCUUCGCAGGUGGCGUAGGUGGUGUUUAGGGUUGAGGGAUUUUUGGAUGAUGUACUGAAUUUUGGUUGCUGCGCAGGUUCAAGAUUUUGGGCCUGCGCACGCAACCGCUACUACUGGUUUUUUGGCGGCUUCGACCGCGGAAGGUGGAAA